CCAAAGCCUCCCUCACUUCUCAAUCUCACAAACCCAAAAACCAAAAUGGCAAAAGCUUCUCUUUUUCUCACGCUUCUCUCAGCAGCAUGCAUAGUGGCAACAGCAACAUCAACAUCAGCAUCAAGCCCCAGCAGCUUCAUAAAAUCGUCGUGCAGCAGCACGCAGUACCCAGCCCUGUGCGUCUCCUCGCUCUCGGUCUACGCGUCGAGCAUCAAGCAGGACCCGCACGAGCUGGUCCAGACCGCACUGUCGGUGAGCCUGAACCGGACCGAGACGACGAAGGCGUUCGUGGCGAAGUGCAACCGGUUCAGGGGGUUGAAGGCGCGGGAGUACGCGGCGCUGAAGGACUGCGCGGAGGAGAUAAGCGACAGCGUGGACCGGCUGAGGCGGUCGCUGAAGGAGCUGAAGCUGUGCAAGGGCAAGGGGGAGGACUUCACGUGGCACAUCAGCAAUGUGGAGACGUGGGUCAGCUCUGCCCUCACGGACGAGUCCACGUGCGGGGAUGGCUUCGCUGGGAAGGGGCUUAAUGGUAAAAUCAAGGACUCCAUUAGGGCUAAAAUGGUAAAUGUCGCUCAGGUCACCAGCAAUGCUCUCUCCCUCAUCAACCAGUAUGCUGCCAAACACUAGCUACCAACACAAGGAAUUAAGUAACGCUCCAAAAGUUUUUAUGUUUUUUUUUUUAUUUAUUUAUUUGGUUGUUGUUGGGAAACACAUGUAGAUGUAGCUUCAGUUCUGUGUGGUGGGUUACUUUUGUGCUUUAUGUGGUGUGUGUUUGUAAGUACUAAGUAAGUCGGUCUCAAAUCUCAAUAGGAAUAUAUAUAAUAUGAUAUAUCAUAUACGGGUCUUUGUGAUGAUGCUUCUCAAGUGUGAUAUAUGAGAUCUGUUUUCUUGCUCUAGCUUA